CUGCUCGUGCUCGCGGCUGGUCAUUGCCGGGCUGAUUCGUGUCCGGAUGUCUUCCAAAUAAUUCGCCCCGAUGACGCGCAUGCUUCGCUCGAGUUAGUGGAGGACGGCCUUGGCUGUCUUGAAGCUCUCGACAGCCCAAUCAGUUUGGUUGGAGUCGUUGGGUCAGUGCACACAGGGAAGAGCUUUCUAUUGAGCGCUUUGAAUCAUUCAACCUCUGGAUUCACCAUCGGCCCCACGCACGAAGCGACGACGAUGGGAAUAUGGAUAGGUAUGACAUCGAUGAUGGGUGCGGACGGCUCCCGUGUCUUACUUCUGGACACCGAGGGAUUCUCCGCAGCAGGCGUCAACGAGGCCUUCGACGCACAAAUAUUUGCCACUGCCCUGAUGCUGUCCUCUCACCUGGUGUACAACAGCGUUAAGCUCAUCACAGCGGCGGAGGUGGAGUACCUC